AGCGGAAGCCGGCACACGCUGUGCGGGAUUGAGGCAGCCGCGGGAGAGGCUGGUUGGUGGAGUGCGACCGUUAGAGGAGCAGGAGCUGGUGGUCCGCCCGCAGGUCCCAGGUGAGGAGCCAUGACGACCUCCCAGAAGCACCGAGACUUUGUGGCCGAGCCCAUGGGAGACAAGCCUGUGGGGUGCCUGGCGGGCAUCGGAGAAGUGCUGGGCAAGAAACUUGAGGACAAAGGUUUCGACAAGGCCUAUGUGGUUCUGGGCCAGUUCCUGGUGCUGAAAAAAGAUGAAGAUCUCUUUCGAGAAUGGCUCAAAGACAUCUGUGGGGCCAACGCCAAGCAAUCUCGGGAUUGCUUUGGCUGUCUUCGAGAAUGGUGUGAUGCCUUCUUGUGAGCCCUGUGCCUGGGGGCCGGCCCCCCUUUCUUCCCAAGAUGGGUCCUCUCAUUUAGUAUCCUCAAGUGGGAAAUCCUGUCCCUCUUUCUCCACCUCCCAACGAAAGGAAAGAUUCUGGCUGCCGUCCCCACCCAGGACACUUUUCCCCACUCCACCUUCCUUUUGAUUUGAGUCUCCCAUUCUUUCCUUAGCAUGCCUCUUGUCCCAUAAAGUUCAGUGGCAAUAGUUACUAGCUUUCCUGGGUGGGUCUUUGGAGUGGUUUUCCCCACCCUUAAGCUCCCACUUUCUGGUCUCUUAUGCCAUUGGGAUAACUUUGGCAGAAGGGCAUUCACUGCCAUUGUAAAGAAUUUUUUAAAACCAAUAAAGUCAGCAACCUUGA